AUGGCGGAGACAAAGGAGGUGUUGCGCCUGUACCGGCGUAUCCUCAAGCUGGCGCAGCGCUACCCGAGCGUCAAGCGCGAGUCGAUCAUCCGCGACAUUAAGACGGAGUUCCACGCCAACAAGAACCUCACGGACGCACAGAAAAUCCGCGAAGAGUUGGCGUCAGUACGGGCAGGAAUUACAGAGCUGUCCAUGUAUGCGAGUCUGCACCCAUCGCUGCCCAACUGGAGCGUUGAGGUGGGUCGGGAUGCGAUUCAGCCGCCGCCCGUGCAUGGAGGCGUGAAUGCAAAGAUCAUCAGUGGUGGCAAGAAGGAGUGA